AUGAUGCUGGGCCGCAAGCAGAGCCUCAAAGGCGAACCCAUUUUGGCCGAUUACGGCCCGGACGAGGCCUUCAACGAAAGCGCCGACAUCGAAUGGGUGAACAAGAGAUGGGUGCGCCGCAUCAUGAGGUCCUGCGCCCUCCUGAGCCUCGCCUCGGUGAGCUGCAACACGCCGAAAACCUUCGAGAAGAUCCACUUCAUGCAGGUCACCACCUUCACCGUGGAUUCCAUCGUCACCUUCCUCUUCACCUCCGAGAUGAUCGCCAAGAUGCACAUACGAGGCAUACUCAAAGGCGAUAGACCGUAUUUGAAGGACCAUUGGUGCCAGUUCGACGCCAGCAUGGUGUUCUUCCUGUGGAUCUCGGUGAUACUCCAGGUGUUCGAGAUGCUGGGCAUCGUGCCGAGGUUCAGUUACCUGUCGAUUCUGCGAGCGCCCCGGCCGCUGAUCAUGAUCAGAUUCCUGAGGGUGUUCCUGAAAUUCUCCAUGCCCAAGUCGAGGAUCAACCAGAUAUUCAAACGUUCGAGCCAGCAAAUCUACAACGUGACGUUGUUCUUUCUGUUCUUCAUGUCUUUGUACGGGCUGCUGGGCGUGCAGUUUUUCGGCGAGCUGAAGAAUCACUGCGUAACAGUCAACACCACGCAUCCCAAAGACAUCACUAUAAAUAGCCUAGCGAUACCCGAUACAUAUUGCUCGCUAGAUCCUUCAUCGGGCUACCAAUGUCCCGAAGGGAUGCGCUGCAUGAAAUUAGAAGGAGUCUCACGGUACAUCAUCGGAUUCAAUGGAUUCGAUGAAUUCGUGACUAGUUUUUUCACGGUGUACCAGGCCGCUUCGCAGGAGGGCUGGGUGUUCAUCAUGUACAGGGCCAUCGAUUCGUUACCCGGAUGGAGGGCCGUGUUGUAUUUCAGCACGAUGAUCUUCUUUCUGGCGUGGUUGGUGAAGAACGUUUUUAUAGCGGUGAUUACGGAGACUUUCAACGAGAUCCGGGUGCAGUUCCAGCAGAUGUGGGGCGUUAGGGGGCACGUACAAACCGCCACAGCUUCGCAGAUUCUGAUAGGAGACGACAGAGGCUGGAGAUUGGUGACGCUCGACGAGAACAAACACGGCGGCAUAGCGCCGAAUUUCUGCCACAAGAUCCUCAAAUCGCCCCAUUUCCGAUUGAUCAUCAUGUGCAUAGUGCUCGCCAACGGCGUGGUGAUGGCGACCAUGCACUUCGAGCACGACGAGCGCCCCCGCCGUGUCUUCUACGAGAAGUACUACUACAUAGAGCUCGGCUUCACGGCGCUGCUCGAUCUCGAGACGGUCUUCAAGACGUGGUGCCUCGGCUGGCGCGGCUACUGGAAGCAUUCCAUACACAAAUUCGAGCUGCUGCUCGCCGUCGGCACCACCGUCCACGUCGUACCCGGCUUCUACAUGACGGGCUUCACCUACUUCCAAGUGCUGCGCGUCGUCAGGCUCAUCAAGGCCUCCCCGCUGCUCGAGGACUUCGUCUACAAGAUCUUCGGGCCGGGCAAGAAGCUCGGCAGCCUGAUCAUCUUCACCAUGUGCCUGUUGAUCAUCUCGUCGAGCAUUUCCAUGCAGCUGUUUUGCUUUCUGGAUUUCGCCAAGUUCGAGACCUUCGCCGAGGCGUUCAUGUCCAUGUUCCAGAUACUGACGCAGGAGGCUUGGGUCGAGGUGAUGGACGAGACCAUGCUGAGGACGAGGUCGAUGCUGGCGCCCCUGGUGGCGCUCUAUUUCAUUUUGUACCAUUUGUUCGUCACUUUGAUCGUGUUGAGUUUGUUCGUCGCCGUCAUUUUGGACAAUUUGGAGUUGGACGAGGACAUAAAGAAAUUGAAGCAGUUGAAAUACCGAGAGCAAAGCGCCGAAAUCAACGAGAAAUUGCCGUUUCGCUUGAGGAUAUUCGAGAAGUUCCCCGACAGCCCGCUGAUGGUCACGUUGCACAAGGUUCCCUCCGAUUUCAACUUGCCGAAGAUCAGGGAGAGUUUCAUGAGGCAAUUCGUGCACGAGACGGAAAACGACGACGGCGCCUCCGAAGGGGGCGUCAAGAAGCUCUGCGAAGAAGUCUUCGACACCAAAGUGAUCUAUCGCAAGCAGAAACCUUUGAAGAUACUCAACGAUCUCACGAAAGUGCGCGUGGUGAAUUUGAAAUUGAAAAAAACCGCCGUAGCUCAAAUCGUCAACGAUUCGAACAAUCAACGAUUGAUGCUGGGCGAUUCCUCGUUGAUCCCCGUACCGGGCACCAAGGGCACCCUGAAGCCCCAGGGCACCGUCAACAGCAUGAAACAGUUACGUAUCGAUCACAAGAAGUUCGGUUCGAGAUCGAUCAGGCGCAGCGUGCGCAGCGGUUCGAUCAAAUUGAAGCAAACCUACGAGCACCUGAUGGAGAACGGCGACAUCGGCGUGAACCGGGUGACCUCUAACAGGGCCAGGCCGCAGGAUUUGGACAUCAAAUUGCUGCAGGCCAAGCGACAACAGGCCGAAAUGAGGAGGAACCAAAGGGAGGAGGAUCUGAGGGAGAACCAUCCGUUUUUCGAUACGCCGCUCUUCGCCGUGCCCAGGGAGAGCAGGUUCCGGAAAUUCUGCCAGAUGAUCGUCUACGCCCGCUACGACGCCCGAUUGAAGGACCCUCUCACGGGAAAAGAGCGAAAAGUCCAAUACAAAACGCUACACAACUUCCUGAGCCUCGUCACCUAUUUGGACUGGGUGAUGAUCACCAUGACGACGCUCUCCUGUCUCUCGAUGAUGUUCGAAACGCCCUCGUACAGGGUGAUGGAGAACGUCAGUCUUCAGAUAGCCGAGUACGGGUUCGUGAUAUUCAUGAGCAUCGAGCUGGCGUUGAAAAUCUUGGCGGACGGGCUGUUUUUCACGCCCAAGGCCUACGUGAAAGACGCCGCGGCCGUCUUGGAUGUUUUCAUUUACGUGGUGAGCCUGACGUUCCUGUGCUGGAUGCCCGAACGGGUGCCGCCCAAUUCGGGCGCGCAACUCCUGAUGAUCCUGCGCUGCCUGCGACCGCUGCGCAUCUUCACGCUGGUGCCGCACAUGAGCAAGGUCGUGUACGAGCUGUGCAGAGGCUUCAAGGAGAUCCUGCUCGUCUCGACGUUGCUGAUCCUGCUGAUGUUCAUAUUCGCCAGCUUCGGCGUGCAGCUGUACGGCGGCCGAUUGGCCCGAUGCAACGAUCCCCAGGUGACGAGGCGCGAGGAUUGCGUGGGGAUGUUCAUGCGCCGGGUGUUCGUGACCAAGAUGAAGGUGCAACCGGGCGAGAACGAAACGUUUCCCGCCAUUAUGGUGCCGAGAGUUUGGGCGAAUCCUAGAAGGUUCAAUUUCGAUAACAUCGGAGACGCGAUGUUGACGUUGUUCGAGGUGUUGUCGUUCAAAGGCUGGCUGGACGUGAGGGAUAUUCUGAUUAAAAAUUUGGGACCCGUACACGCCAUCUACAUACACGUAUACAUAUUCUUGGGUUGUAUGAUCGGGCUCACCCUCUUCGUGGGCGUAGUCAUUGCGAAUUAUUCGGAGAAUAAGGGCACGGCUUUGCUCACAGUGGAUCAAAGAAGAUGGUGCGAUUUGAAGAAACGUCUGAAGAUAGCGCAGCCGUUGCACCUGCCCCCGCGACCCGACGGCAAGAAAUUCCGAGCCUUCAUCUACGACAUUACGCAGAACAUCAAAUUCAAACGGUGCAUCGCCAUCUUGGUGUUGAUCAACAGCGCCCUCCUAGGCGUCACCUGGAACAAAGAGGAAGCCCAUACGGAAAUUCUGGCUACCGUUCACAUCGUAAGCAUCCUGGGAUUCGUCGUGGAAGUCGUGAUGAAGAACAUCGCCUUCACGCCGAGAGGUUACCUGCAAUCCCGAAGGAACCGCUACGAUCUCUUCGUCACCGUCAUGGGAGUCGUUUGGAUGUUCUUCCAUUGCAUGUUCAAAAACGAUUUGACGUACUUCGUGGGGUUCAUGGUGGUGAUCCUGCGGUUCUUCACCAUCACCGGCAAACACGCCACGUUGAAGAUGCUGAUGCUCACCGUCGGCGUGUCGGUGUGCAAGAGUUUCUUCAUCAUCUUCGGCAUGUUUCUGUUGGUGUUUUUCUACGCUUUGGCCGGUACGAUCAUCUUCGGUACCGUGAAAUACGGCGAAGGCAUCGGAAGGAGGGCGAAUUUCGAGUCGCCGGUAACGGGAGUGGCCAUGUUGUUUCGAAUAGUAACGGGAGAGGAUUGGAACAAGAUCAUGCACGAUUGUAUGAUACAACCGCCAUUUUGUACGCCCGCCGAUAAUUAUUGGCAAACGGAUUGCGGCAAUUUCUACGGUUCGUUGAUUUAUUUUUGUACGUUUUACGUCAUCAUCACGUACAUCGUACUCAAUUUGCUAGUGGCUAUUAUCAUGGAGAACUUUUCGCUGUUUUAUUCGAACGAAGAGGACGCCCUUCUGUCGUACGCAGACAUCAGGAACUUCCAAAACACCUGGAACAUCGUCGAUAUACAUCAAAGGGGCGUCAUACCCGUUCGAAGGGUGAAAUUCGUGUUGAGAUUGCUAAAAGGUCGAUUGGAAGUCGAUCUGCAGGCGAACAAGAUCCUCUUCAAACACAUGUGCUACGAAUUGGAGAGGCUCCACAACGGCGAAGACGUCACCUUUCACGAUGUCAUCAACAUGCUCUCCUAUCGAUCCGUCGACAUAAGAAAAGCCCUCCAAUUGGAGGAAUUGCUAGCCAGAGAAGAAUUCGAGUACAUUAUCGAAGAGGAAGUGGCCAAACAGACGAUACGAACGUGGCUGGAGGGUUGUCUCAAGAAAAUACGAUCCACUAACAAGCAACAGAACAGCCUGAUGGCGGGCCUGCGCGCCACCAACGAAGCCCUUUCGAUGCCGCCGCCUGCGGAGGAAACGAAAACCGCCGCCAGUCCGGAGCGCCCGGGCGACGCCGACGUCGACGCCGCCGCCGCCGCCACCGCCGCCGCUUCAACAGAAAAAGAAACGGCCGGCGAGCAACCGCGCAAAAAGUCGAGCAAUCUGCCGCGAUCGGACAGCGUCGGCAGCACGUCGGGCAGGAAAUUCCUGGCGCCGACGCUGUCCGAUCCGUCGGCGCGACAGGAGAAGGACCGCGCCGGCGCGGCGCCCAACAAGAACAAGAAGAAGGCGUCGGCGUCGUCCGCGGCGUCGCACGCCAACAGGCCGCCGCCUCCGGCGUCGUCGACGGGCGUUGUUAGCAAGAAGAAUCUGUCGCACGCGGUGCAAGAGGGCGAAGGGCGAUUGCCCAGGGAGGUGUUCAACACCAAGACGACGGUGCCGAAGGCGGCGAACGCGAUGCACGAGAUCAAAGAUUGGUGGAACGAGCAGCUCGCCUAUCUUUCAUCUUCCAGCGAUGAGGAUUAG